ACGUAGCCGGAAGCCGGUGGCGGCGGGGCGGGCGGCCGGCGCGCGUCCUCGGAGCUGCUCGCUGCGCGGCCCGACCCCGCUUGGACCCCGGCUCCACCCCGCCCCGAGCCCGAUCGCCGUGGGCCCGGUCCCGCUUGGACUCCGCUUGGACCCCGGCUCAACCUCGUCCGGACCUCGCGAAGACCCCCGAUUGCUCUGCCCGGACCCCGAUCGACGUCGGCCCGACCCUGCUUGGACCCCGACUCGACACCUCCCGGACCCCUCUUGGAUCUAGCCCGCCGCACCAUGGCCAGCCCAAGAACCAGGAAGGUGCUCAAAGAAGUCAGGGCACAUGACGAAAACAAUGUGUGUUUUGAGUGUGGUGCAUUCAACCCACAGUGGGUGAGUGUGACCUACGGCAUCUGGAUCUGCCUGGAGUGCUCGGGGAAGCACCGCGGGCUCGGUGUGCACCUCAGCUUCGUGCGCUCUGUCACCAUGGACAAGUGGAAGGAUGCAGAGCUCGCGAAGAUGCAGGCUGGGGGGAACACCAAGUUCCGAGAGUUCCUGGAGUCUCAGGAGGACUAUGACCCCUGCUGGUCCCUGCAGGAGAAGUACAGUAGCAGAGCUGCGGCCCUCUUCAGGGACAGGGUGGCCACUCUGGCCGAAGGCAGAGAAUGGUCCCUGGAGUCAUCGCCUGCGCAGAACUGGACCCCGCCCCAGCCCAAGAUGCUGCCAUCCACCACCCUCCGAGCCUCUGGGCAGCCACAGAACCCAGGUGCCUCUUCGGACAAGGCUUUUGAAGACUGGCUUAAUGAUGACCUUGGCUCCUGUCAGGGGGCCUCGGAGAACCGCUAUGUGGGGUUUGGGAACACGGUGCCACCUCAGAAGAGGGAAGAUGACCUGCUCAAUAGCGCCAUGGCAUCCCUGUACUCGGGCUGGAGCAGCCUGGCCACGGGAGCAAGCAGGAUCGCCUCAGCCGCCAAGGAGGGUGCCACAAAAUUUGGAUCCCAGGCGAGUCAGAAGUUUUGGGGCUCCAAGCAGCAGCCAGAGCCGGCUUCAGAGUUGGGCCACAGUCUGAAUGAGAACGUCCUCAGACCUGCCCAGGAGAAGGUGAAGGAGGGAAAGAUUUUUGAUGAUGUGUCCGGCGGUGUCUCUCAGUUGGCGUCCAAGGCCCGGGGAGUCGGCAGCAGGGGAUGGCGCGACGUCACCACCCUUUUUUCAGGGAGAGCCGAGGACUCAGACAGACCCCCAGAUGGCCAGAGCUACCAGGACAGCACCAUCGACCAGAGCUUCUGGGAGGCCUUCGGGAGCGCUGACCCCCGCAGGGCCCACAGGUCCCCGAGCAGCGACAGCUGGACGUGUGCUGAUGCCUCGGCUGGGAAGAGGAGCUCUGACAGCUGGGACGUGUGGGGCUCCGGCUCCGCGUCCAACGACAGGAACAGUGACAGCGGAGGCGGGGAGACCUGUGGGGGCGGCGGGGAGGGCCGAGCCAAGACCACUAGGAAGGCAGCCCCGCCGCCUGCGGUACUUGACGCGGGCUGGGACACCCAGGACUGGUAGGCCCUGCCCGCCGACCCCAGCUGUGUCCACUCGCCACCUGCCUCGCACUCACUCCCACUCGCCCCUAGAAACACAGGCCUGGUGUGGAGCCGGCACCUUGGGCGUGGGGCCGCUCAGUGUGUGGGGUCACUCGCUCUCCGAGGUCACGGGGGCUGUGGGGGCAGAGACCAGGCCGCUGUCCUGGGAUUUUCAGGUGGCCCUCAGGGCCAGGGCCCAGGGCUCUGUGGAGGCAGGGCUCUGCUGCUGUGGAGACCGGGCGCCUGGUCGUUUUUGCAGCGUGCUCACUAAUAAACACCCCCUCGCGGCACCUGCAGCCA